UCUAUUGAUACACUUUUAAUCGCGGCAAGGAAACUUCUAGAAGUGACGGACAGGAAAAAAAAUAAAAAAAAUAAUAAUAAUUAAAAUAUUAUUCGGACCGGAAGUGCGCGACUCAGCAUCCAGAAGAAGAGGCAACAUCUCGCCGCCCUUUCGUCAGACUUGCAGCGAGCGGCGCGGAGGCAACAUGGCUCUCAGCGGACAUCUCAGCCGCCUCAUCCGGACACGGGCGCUCUGCGGCGGGCAGCCCAGCCGAGCUCAGUCGGUGGCGGUGCUGGGGGCUCCUUUCUCGCGGGGCCAGAAAAGGAGAGGAGUGGAACACGGACCCAAAGUCAUCCGGGAGGCGGGGCUCAUGGAGAGGCUGUCCGGGCUAGAUUACGCCGUACACGACUUUGGCGACCUGACUUUCCAACACCUGGAGACGGACGAGCCCUACAUGAACGUCAAGUUCCCUCGCACGGUGGGCGCCGCCAACAAGAAGCUGUCGGGCGCCGUGAGCCGAGCGGUGGGCUCGGGCCACACCCUGGUCAUGCUGGGGGGCGACCACAGCCUCGGUGUGGGCUCCGUGGGAGGCCACGCCCAGCAGUGCCCUGACCUGUGCGUCAUAUGGGUGGACGCCCACGCCGACAUCAAUACGCCCGUCACCUCGCCAUCGGGGAACCUGCACGGACAACCGGUGGCCUUCAUGCUCAAAGAGCUGCAAGACAAGGUGCCCCGUCUACCUGGAUUCUCCUGGCUGAAGCCAUUCCUCUCCUGCAGGGACCUGGUCUACAUCGGGCUGCGGGAUGUGGACCCUGGAGAGUACCACAUUAUGAAGGAUUUGGGGAUCCAAUACUUCACCAUGAGGGACAUUGACAGACUUGGCAUCCAGAGGGUCACGGAAGUCGCUCUGGACCACGUGCUGGCGAGAAAACAGAGACCAAUUCACCUGAGCUUCGACAUCGAUGCCUUCGACCCGUCUCUGGCUCCCGCCACGGGGACGCGGGUGAACGGAGGACUGACCUACAGGGAGGGCAUCUACAUCACAGAGGAAGUUCACAACACAGGUCUGCUGUCAGUCAUAGAUCUGGUGGAAGUGAACCCCGUCCUGGUGUCCUCGCAGGAAGCCGUGGAGGCCACCGCCUCCCUGGCCGUGGACGUCAUCGCAUCAUCUCUGGGACAGACGAGAGAAGGCGCUCACGUGGUCAUAGACGAGAUCCCUUCGGCGAAGGAGGACGACACGGAGCAGCUCUGCCUCUGAGGACCCUCACAAUCCGCCGAGACACAAACAUUCCAACGUGUUGCGUUCAAGGCUGCUACAAGUCCAAGGAGCAGAGCCUCGUUUGCUUUAAUUUAGCUGUACUCUCUCCGAUGUAUUUAACCGUGAAAAGUAUUUGACUUGAAAGGUUUGCCGUGACCUAAUUUAGACAGAAAUAGGAGCACAACCUACUAAUUUAUUUUAUAUUUAUUAUCAUUAAUUGUUUUACAUGAGAAUGUGCUCGUCUCAAAAGGUGUUUUUUUUAGUGAAAACUAGCAGUCAUAAGUUUGCACUUUUGGACCAGCAGUUGUUAGAGUUGGCUUGACAUCUUCAUCAUAGCUGGGACUAAGAAAGAAAAUGCUAGCGUCCAGCUUUGACCAUCAAAGGCUGGCUGAUGUGGUCACUGAACUAAGUCAAGCACUUGACAUUUGUUGGUGUUCAAAAGCAGACCUUCUGGUCUUCCACGUGCUACCAUUGUCAUUUUUGACCUGUCAACAGAGGAGUUUGUUCUCAGAGCUUCCACAAAGUUCACUCUAAUAACCACUACUUUUUAUACGCUGUACAAUAUACAGUACAGGCUUAGGUUGGACACACCUUCUACUAGUUCAAUGUGUUUUCUUUAUUUUCAUGACUAUUUACAUUGUAGAUUGUCACAUCCAAACUAUGAAUGAACACAUGAGUUAUGUACUCAACAAAAAAAAGGUGAAAUAACUGAAAACAUGUUUUAUAUUUUCUUCAAAAUAGCCACCCUUUGCUCUGAUUGCUGCUUUGCACACUCUUUGUCGUUCUCUCCAUGAGGUAGUCACUUGAAAAGUAAGGUCUUCUCUUCAAACAGAAAUAUAUUGUUUGACCCAAGAAUGACAAAAGCAAAGAGGAAGCAGGACCAGAAUUCCCUCCAUGCGACCUUUUUUUCUGAACUGUUUACGACCCCCAACCCUUUGAAAGCAGCUAUUGACAUGUGGUCAGAGAAAGUCCAAAUACAGGAGGAGGUAUACAACGGUGGUAGAGGGGUUAGUGCGUCUGCCUCACAAUACGAAGGUCCUGAGUAGUCCUGGGUUCAAUCCCAGGCUCAGGGUCUUUCUGUGUGGAGUUUGCAUGUUCUCCCCGUGACUGCGUGGGUUCUCUCCGGGUACUCCGGCGUUCUCCAAAGACAUGCACCUGGGCAUAGGCCCCUCCCACCUCCAGAGACAUGCACCUGGGCAUAGGCCCCUCCCACCUCCAGAGACAUGCACCUGGGGAUAGGCCCCUCCCACCUCCAGAGACAUGCACCUGGGGAUAGGCCCCACCCACCUCCAGAGACAUGCACCUGGGGAUAGGCCCCUCCCACCUCCAGAGACAUGCACCUGGGGAUAGGCCCCACCCACCUCCAGAGACAUGCACCUGGGGAUAGGCCCCUCCCACCUCCACCUGGGGAUAGGUUGAUUGGCAACACUAAAUGGUCCCUAGUGUGUGAAUGUUGUCUGUCUAUCUGUGUUGGCCCUGUGAUGAGGUGGCGACUUGUCCAGGGUGUACGCCGCCUUCUUCCCGAUUGUAGCUGAGAUAGGCACCAGCGACCUCAAAGGGAAUAAGCGGUAGAAAAAUGGAUGGGUUUUCCCUUCACAGGUGUGCUUGAAGCUCAAGGAGAGAAUGCCAAGAGUGUGCAAAGCAAAGUGUGGCUAUUUUGAAGAAACUAAACAAGUUUUCAGUUAAUUCACCUUUUUUUUGUGUGAAGUACAUAACUCCAUGUGUUCAUUCAUAGUUUACAUGUGACAAUCUACAUGGAAAUAAAGACAACAUUGCAGUGAAUGAGGAAGUGUGUCCAAACUUUUGUCCUGUACCGAAUAUGAAGUGUAGUUUUGCAAAUUUUAGCGAAAAUCCGACCAAGAUGAAACCAUCUUUAAUACUUUUUGAGUAGCAGGUUAGGUGUUUGAGUCUGGAUCUUGGACAUUGACCAACAAGAGGCGGCGGGUACUUUGAGGAAACUUUAUUAUUUCUGCAAGCAUUGAUGAUUAUCAGAUUGAUUAAAGGAAUGGCUCGUUCAACGUCCGGGGAAACAA